AUGACUGCCGCUCAGACUUCCACAGCUGGCACGAGCGGAGGCAAUGAUCAGCCCAGGCGUGGAGCCGCGAACAAUGCGGGCAGAAACGACAAUAAGAAGAGAAAGGAGAUUUUCAAGGGAGAUAUUGAAGAGAUGGGUGGUGCGGUGCUCCAGUUCCCAGAAAAAAGGAAUCGAGGAUCCGCCGCCCAAUAUGAACGAUUUUACAUGGCGUUGAAGGACUAUAUUGGCCGGGAGGUUUCAGUGGGUGCUGCCAAAUUAUGGGCCAAGACCUACGUGAAGGAGAUGGACCCUUCUUGGGAACCUCCAGUCCCCAUCGAGCCUACAACCAACAAGAAUGAUGUGAAGGCUUUGCUACUCUACGAAUCUGAAAAAGCAGCCUACGUCAAACACAUUGGAGCUACUUGGCCCGCUGCCAAGCUGGAGAUCUGGAGCACCAUCAUGGCCCAGUGCUCUCCCAAGCUACGUGCCCACCUACAGCAGUUGCCUUUCUACGACAAGGCCGAAAGCACCCACGAUUGCAUCGCGCUACUUGAAAAUGCGAAUGUUCUAUGUGGAGGAGGCAACCUACUGGCCUUCCAGCCCCAAGCAAGAGCGGAGGCACUCCUAGACCUAGUGCAAUACAAGCAACUCAACGGCACACUGGACGACUACUACAACGAUUUCAAGGCACGGUACGCCACGUUCAGCAGUCUUGGAGGAGAUCUGACAACGAAAGAGGACACCUGGACGACUGCGAACGGCACGACGGCAUCAACCAACCAAGCAUUGUUAGUGUGUCUGUUCUUGGCCAAUGCCGACAGGAAGCGAUUCGGAGAUUGUGUGACGGAUCUGCGAAACGACGCGUCGUCGAAACUAGUUCGCUAUCCCGAAACACUUGCGGACGCAUACACGAUGCUUGGAGAAUACGUUCGGAAGCACAAGAAAAAUAGUAAUAACAACAAUAGCAAUGAAUUGAAUGCCUAUUUGGAAAUAGACCAUAGUCGUCCGGAGAACGAAAUUUGUUUGACCAGUACGAAAUAUGAGUGGUUGAUCGACUUGGCAUGGAUCCUACUGGAUACGGCGAGCACCGUUACGAUUUUCUGCAAUGCUCUCUACCUACGAGGAAUGCGACAAGCACGACAACCGACGACUAUUCAUACAUCUGGAGGAACGAUCACAGCAACAUUGGAAGGAUACUUGCCUUUCCUUCGAAAAUGGGUUGCAUUUCAUCCAGAUUGCCUCGCAAACAUCAUUUCGUUCCGGGACCUCCUUGAUGCGCACCAUGUGACAUUGAACUCUCGUCAGUCACGUAGCUUUACGGUGCAUUGCCUACGCAAUGGUACUGGUCGAACGCGCAGAAAGGUGCAUUUCCGCCCCUCCGGGACCGGACUAUUCUAUUUCGAUCCAGAAGGCGACUUAAGUGAGACUUUUAAGCGUUUCCCCGAGAGCGUGAAGCGUUUGUCGAGCAUCGAACGCUCGACACACGAACGCUCGACGCACGAAAUACUUAAUGCCACGGUAGCUGAGAAUCUAAAAGCUUUUUCUGCACGUCAACAAAUGCGAAUUGCGAAGGCUCGCGAGGUCUAUGCUGAUGUAGGGCGACCAUCCUUUGCGAACUUCCUACGCAUGCUCAAGUAUCGUCAGAUACCGGACGUGCCAAUAACAGAAGAAGAUGCGGAGAACAUGAUCCGCGGAUAUGGGCCUGACGUCCAUGUACUACGUGGGAAAACUGUUCGCAGACGACCCAGCGCCGUUCCAUCCGGGAGGCGAAUUUCGCCACCGGACUCCAUACUUAGAGCUAAUAGCCAGGUCAUUAUGUGUGCCGAUAUCUUCUUCGUCGAUAGCAUCCCGUUCUUAUUGGCCGUAUCGCGGAAUCUACGUCACGUGUUCGUUGACGUUCUG